CUCUAGUCUACAAAUUUGAAAUUCGGAAUUCGAAAUUGGGGAAAGUCUUCUUCAUCUGUCUAGAGAGUGGCGUUUGAUUUGAGAUAACGUUCUUCUCCAAAAUUGCUUGAGGAAGUGGUUUUGUUGUGUCUCUCUGGGUUUGAAAUAUGAGCGGAGAUAGACUUGAAUUUGAAAACCCUAUAGAGGAUGCGGUUUCGAGGCUCAGAUUCUCCCCUCAAUCAAACAAUCUCCUCGUUGCUUCUUGGGAUUCUUAUCUGAGAUUGUAUGAUGUGGAGAGCUCUUCGCUAAGUCUUGAAUUAAACUCUCAAGCUGCUCUUCUUGAUUGUUGUUUCGAGAAUGAAUCAACUUCAUUUACCUCUGGUUCUGAUGGAUUCAUCCGAAGGUAUGAUUUAAACGCUGGAACAGUUGAUACAAUUGGAAGGCAUGAUGACAUUUCAACAUCCAUUGUCUACUCUUAUGAAAAAGGUGAAGUUAUCUCGACUGGGUUUGAUGAGAAGAUCAAAUUCUGGGAUACAAGACAAAGAGAAAGUCUUGUGUUUUCGACUGAUGCUGGUGGAGCAGUGGGAUGUGUCACUGUAUCUGGAAACAACUUAGUUGUUUGUGUGGACGCAUCGAUGCAUAUAUACGAUUUACGUAACUUAGAUGAAGCUUUUCAAUCGUAUGCAUCCCAAGUGGAGGUGCCAAUCAGAUGUAUCACCUCUGUACCUUAUUCCAGAGGAUAUGCAGUUGGGUCAGUAGACGGACGAGUAGCUGUGGAUUUCCCCAAUACAUCAUGCUCCAGUGAGAUUAAAUACAGUUUCCGAUGCCAUCCCAAGAGUAGGAAUGGAAGACUUGAUGGUGUAUGCAUAAAUGCAAUCGAAUUCAGUCCAUGUGGGUCAGGGACUUUUGUAACAGGUGACAAUGAAGGAUACGUGAUCUCAUGGAAUGCUAAAAGCAGAAGAAGACUCAAUGAGUUGCCAAGGUACUCAAAUAGCAUCGCGUCUUUAGCAUUUGACCACACUGGAGAACUCUUGGCCAUUGCAUCAAGCCACACUUACCAAGAUGCUAAAGAGAAGGAAGAAGCUCCUCAAGUGUUCAUACACAGGCUUUGAAAGAUUCGUAAGCUUCUUGAAUCUCAGUGUCUACUUGUAUCUAUCUAGUUAUUUUUUUGUGUGUUUUUGGUAGCACGUUUUAGCUUGAUCUCAGAACUGACUCGUGUCAACCAACAUGUAAUGAUUGUAUCUCUCACGUCUCUUUAUACUACUUGUUCUCUAAACUUUGUUUUGACUUUUUAGUCAACUAUAUGCUUUGACUUUAAAAUAAACAGUAGAAUAAUCAAA